AUGGCUGAUUCCAAGGUGCAUCACUUCGACGAGGUCGUCAAGCACAACGUCAUCAAAGAUUGCUGGCUCAUCAUCCAUGGAAAGGUUUAUGAUGUCACCUCAUUUUUGGAAGAUCAUCCAGGUGGUGAUGAGAUUUUGCUUGCAGCAACUGGAAAGGAUGCCACCAAUGAUUUUGAUGAUAUAGGUCACAGUAAUUCUGCCAGGGAUAUGAUGGCAAAGUACUACAUUGGCCAAAUAGAUUAUUCAACUGUUCCAGCAAAGCGCGUUUAUGUACCACUUCAGCAGGCACCCAACAUCCCCGAUAAAUCAUCCGAGUUCUUGAUCAAAAUAUUGCAGUUCCUUGUGCCCAUAUUAAUUUUGGGCCUGGCACUAGCCGUCCGAAAGUUCACCAAAGUAGAUUAG